AUGGAGAUACACACACGCACUGCACUGUACAUGGGGAUUGGGAGGAGUGGGUAUUAGAGGGUAUGACAAGGCAGGGGCAUUUGAAUGACGUGCCCCCUUUAUGCUGUGCUCUCUUUGUUUCCAGGCCAUGAUGCUACUGCCUGGCACCGCCCUGUCCCUGGUUCUCUUGGCGUGUGUGUGUGCGCGCGGGGUCUCUCAGGACUGCCCCCCCUCCUGUGAGUGCGGGUGGGGGAACGGGACAGUGUCGUGUCGAGGCAGAGAGCUGCCCGCUAUACCCGGGUGGUUGCCCCCGGCGACCAGGAUGCUGGAUCUCAGCGGGAAUCUCAUCGAGUUGGCCGGGCGCGGAGCCUUGGCGAACCUCAGCGAGCUGCUGGAAUUGGACCUGAGGGACAACCUUGUAUCCAACAUGGAGCCCGGGGCCCUGUCCAGCCUGGGCCGACUGCAGAUUCUACAUCUAGACGGGAACAGGCUGAAGACUAUCUGGCCCGGCACCUUGGCAUCCAUGGCCAACCUCACCACUCUGGGUCUCAGCCGCAACCCUCUGCUUCUCCUGCUGGACGACACGUUCCAGGGGCUGGACAACCUUGGGAGCUUGGAUCUGGGUGAGGAGCUGGUAUAUGUGGGUGCCAGGGCCUUUGAGGGGCUGGUGGGGCUGCACCACCUGUCCUUGACCCAGGCUGAGACGGGCACCUUACCCUCUGCCGCCCUCUCCCGCCUGCCCGGACUGGAGACGCUGAGGGUGUUGGGGCUGGGCACCAUCUCGCUGGCCGGCGACUCCUUCCCGGGCCUGGCUAGGCUGAGAGAGCUGCGGGUGGAGAGCUGGCGGAGGCUGGAGUCUCUGCACCAGGAUGCCCUGGCAGGCCUCAACCUGACCACCCUGGCCAUCACCCGCUGCAAUCUGAGCCGUGUGCCAGGUGAGGCCUUGGCACACCUGGUCUACCUGCGCAGCCUGGACCUGUCCCACAACCCCGUGGCCUCCAUGGCUGGCGGUGCCUUGCCGGGCCUACACAGGCUGGCUGAGCUACGGUUGGUGGGAGGCCUCCUCUCCCACAUCCAGACCGGGGCCUUGCAUAGCCUGGGCAGCUUGAGGCUGCUGGACUUGACGGGUAACCGGUUGGCUACCCUAGAGGCGGGUGCCUUGCCAUCGGUGGGCGGCCUGGCAUGGCUGGGCCUGGCAUCCAACCCUCUGGCAUGUGACUGCCGGCUGGCGUGGGCAGUGGGCCGGGGCAGGGGGCUGGAGUGGGGGCCGGGCCCCACGGUGUGUGCGGGCCCUGGGGAUCUAAGGGGCAGGGAGUUGGCAGAGCUGGGGUCGGGCCGGGGGGCUGGGCUGUCGGCCUGCACUAAGCCGACAGUGCGAGCGGAGUCCGGGGUGGUGACGGUGGGUGAAGGGCAGACUGUGAGCCUGCCGUGCCAGGCCCAGGGUGAGCCCAGGCCCACGGUAAGCUGGACCACCCCCGCCGGCAGCCAGCUGGGCCCCGGGGAUGCCAGCCGGCUGCGGGUGCUGCCAGACGGUUCACUCCAGGUACGUCUAGCCCAGGCCUGGGACGCCGGUGUCUACGUCUGCACUGCUUCCAAUGCAGCCGGCACCCACUCUACCCCCACCCGCCUGCUGGUGUGGACGGGCCCAGGUUCCAGCCCUGUCCUCGGGCCCCAGGCCCUGUGGGUGGUGAUGAGCCUGGGCUUGGCCUGUUUCCUGGGCGUGACGGGCCUGUGUUUCACCAUGCUGCUGGUGUGGAGCCGGUGGCAGGGACCCGUCAAACGCAACAGCAGCGUGGAGGUGCUGAGGAACCCCAGCAACAGCGACACACAGUCAGAGGCAAUCAAGUACACAACCAAGAUGCUGUGAGCAGUCGCACAUGGCCAAGCAGG